AUGUCCCCCGCUGCUCGUUUCCUAAAUACAAUCGCGGCGCGGCGCGGCCCUCGUCAAGAAACGCGCAUCACCUCGAACCCCUGGCCUCCCGACCCCUCAAGGUCUCACGUGGCGCUCCAACGCCUACGCGCGUCGCAUCUCUCCACGCUCGUAAUUGGACGCGACGCCGAGACCGCGCCCAAGUCGUCGCAUAUGAUGUACGUACGAACCCACGAGCCGUCCUCGGCGCCCGCACGUCGCACGUCGCCCGUGCGCUAA